GGAGCUCCUAACCUAUCUGCCUGCCAUUCCCCUGCCUUCUCUUCCGAUACGUCUCUUCGCUGAGCCAUGGCCGACAACGUCAUCGUGGUGUUCGACUUCGACAAGACCAUCAUCGACUGCGACAGCGACAACUGGGUCAUCGACGAUCUCGGCGGCACGCAGCUCUUCGACCAGAUGCUCCAAACCAUGCCAUGGAACUCCGCCAUGGAUAGGGUGAUGGGGGCGCUCCAUUCGCAGGGAAGAACGGUCGAUGAGAUCACGGCGAGCCUGAGGAGGGCUCCUUUGCCCGCCCACACCGUCGCUGCCGUCAAAGCAGCUUACGCUCUCGGGUGCGAGUUGCGGAUCGUGAGUGACGCCAAUAGAUUCUUCAUCGAGACCAUUCUCGAGCACCAUGGACUGGGGAGCUAUUUCUCGGAGAUCAACACGAAUCCAGGCUACGUUGACGAGGAAGGAAGGCUCCGAAUCCUCCCUUACCAUGACUUCAAGACUUCCUCCCAUGGCUGCGGUCUCUGCCCGCCCAACAUGUGCAAGAGUACGAUCAUCGAGAGAAUCCAAGCGUCAGCAUCUCUCGAAGGGAGGAAGCGAUUUAUUUACCUGGGCGAUGGAAAGGGAGACUACUGUCCCGCGCUCAGGCUGAGCGAAGAGGACUACGUGAUGCCGAGGAAGAACCAUCCCGCGUGGGAGCUUAUACUCGCCAAUCCUCGUGCCCUCAGAGCAGAGAUCCAUGGAUGGGGAGACGCAGAGGAGCUCGAGGAGGUCUUGCUUCGACUCAUCGGCGACUCCAUCUCGGCCCGUGGCAGCGACGCCAACCGGUUGAUCUCAGCCGACUGCAAGUUUCAGACGACGAUGCCACUGUCUUCCCACGAGGCUUUACCCAAGCCUCUUCGAGUUCCUAACUGAACGUGCGAGCGUAGGUAGUGAUCGAAUGCGGUCAAAGACCAUGCUGCGUUGAUUUUGGGUGUCUUCGUGUACUCGAUUCGGAAUAGGAAAUGAUAAUAAUGCCUAGAAUUAUA